GGUCAGAAUUAUGGCAGUGUCGAGAGGUCAAGGAGAAAGACUGACCUACAGCACCCACCCUCUCCUUGCCCCAGCGUGUUCUCAUAUGAGGGGCAAGAGGCAGAAAAGGAUCAGUGGUUUGGGGUCAUCCUUGUCACCACUGAAGAACUUCUUGCAGGCUUGCGACUGGAUUUGAGGCUGGACAAGCCUGCAAGUUUGCUAGGAAACUGGCUUGGUGAGGUGAAGAGCAAAGAUAAUAUUCACUUUACUAUCCUGAACCUGAACCAGAAGGUGAUGCCAGGCCCACCACUUUCCAUCCGCAUAUUUGUAAAGUUCCCUCAAGGUCAGAGUGUGCCCAGACUACGUACCAUCCACAUCAAUGGACGGCAGAUCUGCCCAGCUGAUCAUGGAAGUACACCAAAUACCCAAGAACCUAUAACAACAACCAGAAAUUCUUCUCUUGUGACUGAAAGGAGAGGGAGCAGUAUAACAGCACCAGAUUAUGCAGGUGGCCAAAUGGAGUGUGGCAGAGUUGCAGUUCAGCCUGCACCCCUCAUCACCCAUGGACAGAACACUGCAAGGGGUCAGUUCCCAUGGCAUGCAGCACUGUACCAGUCUAAGGAUAUCAACCUCAAAUACAUCUGCGGUGGGUCAUUAAUUGGGCCAAAGACAAUACUCACAGCUGCUCACUGUGUGACUAAGUCCACUGUGCUCCAGCCAGUAGAUCCAGACAGUUUGCUUGUGUACCUUGGGAAGUAUCAUCUCAAACAGUGGAGUGAGGGUGGCGUUCAGGAUAAGCAGGUGGUCAAGAUUCUGGUCCACCCAGCAUACAAUAAUUCCAACUAUCAAUCUGACCUGGCCUUACUGAUUCUCUCCAGCCCUGUUAAAUUUACUACAAAUGUGAGGCCAGUGUGUCUUUGGGACAAGAAAGAAGCUGAUCUGGAAAAUGUUGUGAACAAGGAAGGCACAGUCAUAGGCUGGGGCUAUGAUGAGACUGGGCAGAUCACAGAGGAACUAAAGAUGUCAAAGAUGCCGAUCGUAUCACAGCAGGUCUGUCUGUGGAGCAGCAGUGAUUUCUACCCUCUCUUCACAUCUGAUAAAACUUACUGUGCAGGAUUUCGAAAUGGUAGCAGUGUCUGCAAUGGUGACAGUGGUGGCGGAAUGGUGUUCCCUCGGAAUUCGAGUGACGGUUCAGUUACAUGGAUGCUUCGAGGUGUUGUCUCUAUUAGUAAACCGAAGGGAAUUCAUCAACCUGUGUGUGAUCCCACAAACUAUGUUAUAUUUACUGAUGCUGCAAAGUACCUAGACUGGAUCCAGAACCAUAUAAAGUAAAAAUUCAAUGAAACAUCAUUUAGGCCUCUUUUGCACACAAAAAUAAUAUUAACAUGGACAAAGGAAGUAUUAUACUGCAGCGCAUUUCUGAUGAUUUUCAUCGCAAGACACACUUAAUCAUUGUCGUCCACAUGACACAGCUUAUAUGUGGACCAGCUGCGCUGCUAAACAAUUUAACCUGAAGCUAAAUUCCAAUGGACACCUACACAAUUCUUCUUCUACUUCUAUGGCUCUCCGGUCCGUAUUCGGUCCAUGGCCUCCUCAAUUCUCCUCUUCCAUUCGGUCCUCUGUUAGGUCCGUCUGUCCGAGGCUUUGAUCGAGGUUUCAAAACAUCUUCCUUUUUACGGUGCAAGGUUGUUGGCCUUACAACAAACCCCCAACCUGGAAGACCAGGGUACCUGUCUUAGUCUGACCUCUCCCCCUCGACCAAUCUGGCUAGGGAGGCCCUACCAGUAGCUUUGCUACCGCUACACAAUAGAGGGAUUUAAACCCCCAAAUUCCACAUGCCAAGGUUAAAGACAUAUUAUGAGAACAAUAUGCAUAAGAUUCUCCUAUAAAUGUUAUGUUCUUUUAAACCAUGUAAAAUGUUCACUUGUAACAAGACACACGCACGCAAUGUCACUGGCUGUUCAAAGAAUUGUAUGUUUAUCCUCAUGUGCAUGUACAGCAAAAAUAAACAUUUUUUUAGAACACUAAAA